UGACAUCAGCACUGGGCCUUCGGUCUGUUUUCAGUAGUCGGAGAGGAAGAAAAAUGGCGGCUGCGACCGAUCAGAAGCGGGACGCCAGCCAUUCGUUUUGAGCUUUCUCACGUAAACCGAGACCGGGGCUUUACGGGACUACUUCUUUGGAAUCUACGCAAAUCAAGCUUUCUGGCGGUACCCGUUUUUCUUGUUUCUGUGAAGGCUAAAUAAACGCAGAAAUUGAAAUUGAAAAUAAUAGCUUUUAUAUAUAAUGAGGGGGAAAAGAGGCAGGCCGCCCAAAACCCUGCGGAUGCAGGAGCCUUCAUCCGAGCCGGAGCGUGGCUUGAGACCCAGGAGGGAGUUGAGGGCAAAGGGGAGAGGUAGUGCCGAGGUCGAUUUUGAGAGUCCCAAGAGGGGAAAUAACUCUUCGUCUAGGGGCAGGAGGAAAGUGGGAUCAUCUCGCGGUAGGGGAAGAGGCAGAGGUUGUGGUGGCAGAGGUACUAGGGGCAGACGGUCAAUCGCUAGAUCUGUGGUUUAUGAUGAUCAUGAAAGUGAGGAAGAUGAUGAUGCUGUGAGUUUGAGAUCUGAGGAGGACGAGUUGAUAGAGGAAGAGACGAUAACAGACGAGGAAGAAGAGGCCCUCAACGAGGAGUCAGACCCGCUUGAGGAAAUACUCGAGGAGGAUGAUGAUGAUGCCAGCUACUGUACUGAAAGCAGCUUUCGGAGUCAGAGCACUCAUGGCAGCACUCCGGGGCGGAAGAGGAUGCGGGUGCACUGCCCUCGCUCGCCCAUCUUUGAGGAAAAGGAGAUCCCUCCUCUGGAGCUGCCCAGAACCUCUGAGGAUCUCAUGGUGCCCAGCGAGGAACUGCUCAACGUGUCCUCCAUCUACGAGGUCCUGCGCAACUUCAGCACAGUUCUGCGGCUCUCUCCCUUCCGCUUUGAGGACUUCUGUGCUGCGCUGGUAGGCCAGGAGCAGUGCACACUGAUGGCAGAGACCCACACAGCCCUACUGAAGGCCAUCCUGCGUGAGGAGGACACCUCCAACACCACGUUCGGUCCUGCUGACCUCAAGGACAGCGUCAACUCCACCCUCUACUUCAUUGAUGGUAUGACGUGGCCCGAAGUGGUCCAUGCCUACUGCGAGAGCGACCAGGAGUACCACCAUGUCCUGCCCUACCAGGAGGUGGAGGACUACCCCUAUGGCCCUCUGGACAGUAAGAUCAAGGUGCUGCAGUUCUUGGUGGAUCAGUUCCUCACCACCAAUAUCGCCCGCGAGGAGUUGAUGUCAGAGGGGGUGGUGCAGUAUGAUGACCACUGCAGGGUGUGCCACAGGUUGGGGGACCUGUUGUGCUGUGAGACCUGCUCUGCUGUCUACCACCUGGAGUGUGUGAAGCCGCCGCUGGUAGAGGUGCCGGAGGACGAAUGGCAGUGUGAGAUCUGCGUGGCACACAAGGUGCCCGGGGUCACAGACUGUGUGACAGAGAUGCAGAAGAGCAAACCCUACAUCCGCCAGGAGCCCAUCGGCUACGACCGCCACCGGAGGCAAUACUGGUUCCUAAACCGAAGGAUAAUUGUUGAGGAAGACGGGGAGCAUGAUAAGAAGAAGAUCUGGUACUACAGCACAAAGGUCCAGCUGGGAGAGCUGAUAGAGUGUCUAGACAAGGAGUACUGGGAAAACGACCUGUGUGCCGUCCUCGAGGAGAUGAGAGAGGAGGUGCACACUCACAUGGACAUCACUGAGGACCUCACCAACAAGGCCCGCGGCAACAACAAGACCUUCCUCACGGCAGCCAACGAUGAGAUCCUGGAGCGUGUGCAGGGCAGGCAGGAACGCCGAGAAUCGGAGCAGGCAAAGAAGGCCACUACAGACACCACCAAGAUAGAGGAAGAGACCCCCACACACUGCUCUCAACUACCAGACCACAGAGAGCUUCAAGACUCCGAGUCUAAAGAGGAGGCAAGCUCACAAGAGGAUAAGCCUGUAGACUCCGAGUCCCAUGGAGAGGAGGACCCCUCUGCCCAGUGCCAGCCUACUCCCCCACCACCACACCCUGGAGACGAGAACAGCAACAGCAGCCACGUCUCAGCGCCUGGGGUCCUCAGGAGGCCUGAAGAGCCAAACCUCGCUGACAGGUCCUCUCAGUCCUCCAUCACCAGCCAGGACGACACGGUUGAAGGCAAGGAGAUUAGGAAUGGUGAGGGGUCAGCGUCUGGAUGGACUAACAAUCGCAUAGUGACUCGUCUGCGUAACCCGGAGAGUAAGCUGAGCCAGCAAAAGACCCAGGGAGAUGGCAGCCCUACGCCCAGGGACAGCAAGGAGACAUCUCCUGCCAGCUCUGAGAGUGAAGUGGCUCGUCUGGGUACUGUGAGGAAAGACUUGACGGUGAAGGGCAUCCUGAACAACUUCUUCAAGCUGGGCCAGGAGGGCAAGUUCCGAGUCUACCACAACCAGUUCAGCACCAACACACUGGGCCUCAACAAGCACCAGCAUCGUGAGGACCACGACAAGCGCCGCCACCUCUCCCAUAAAUUCAGCCUAACCCCCGCCGGGGAUUUCAAGUGGAACGGCUCCAUCCACGGAUCCAAGGUGCUGACCAUCUCCACCCUGCGGCUCACCAUCAUCCAGCUGGAGACCAAUGUCCCCGCCCCCUUCCUGCACCCAAACUGGGCCUCUCACAGGACAAACUGGAUUAAAGCGGUGCAGAUGUGCAGUAAGGCUCGGGAGUUUGCCUUGGCGCUGGCCAUCAUGGAGUGUGCCAUCAAACCAGUGGUCAUGCUGCCUGUCUGGAAAGAUGCGCUUGGACACACCAGGCUCCAUCGCAUGACCUCCAUGGAGCGGGAGGAGAAAGAGAAGGGGAAAAAGAGAGAGAAAAAACUGGAGGACGAGGAGACUAUGCAGCAGGCCACCUGGGUGAAGUACACCAUCCCCAUCAAACACCAGGUGUGGAAGCAGAAGGGGGAGGAGUACAGAGUAACUGGGUACGGGGGCUGGAGCUGGGUCAGUAAGACUCACGUCCAUCGCUUUGUUCCCAGGCUACCAGGGAACACCAACGUCAACUACCGCAAAGCACUCGAAGCAGCUAAAACUGGCAAAGAAAAUGCAACAUCCUGCCCGAACAAACGAAAAUGUUUGCUCAAAGCACCAACGAGCUCGGAAACCCAGGCAAAAGAGGAGUCUACUCCAAUUACUGAAGAAAAAGACCAGGAGGAAACCUCCACCAUGGAGUCAUCUGGGAGCACUUUACCAGGAGAGGGGCAGACUCUGAAAGAGAAGGAAGAAAAUAAUAUCACAGACGUGGAGGAGAAGAAAGAUGAUCAGGUGGAGGAGAAGACUGAGGACAAGAUGGAUGUUGACCCCAGUCCACCAGACACCUGUCUCAGUGAGGAAAAAGGUAUAGUGGACAGCAAAUGCCCCUCGUCACUGACUGACCCUGCUGUAAAGGAGGAGCCCGGGGAGGAAGAAGAACCUAAGCAGGAGGACUCUGAGGCCAAGCCACCUGUCCGCCCCUUCAACUGGGAUGUGGUGAACGUCAGCGAGGGAUUCCAGCUCCGUACGGCCUACAAGAAGAAGGUGAAGACGUCCAAGCUCGACGGGCUGCUGGAGCGCAGAGUGAAACAGUUCACCCUGGAGGAGAAGCAGAGGCUAGAGCGCCUCAAACAGCAGUCAGCCCUGGCCAAACACACAGUCUCCAAGGAGAAAGUUAACACAGGGACUCCCACCACCAUCAAGGCUUCUACAGCAGACAAGUUAGCAGUGACACCGUGCACAAGUCUGAAAGCUGAGGGACAAGCAGAUUCAGUAGUUAAAGACACAAUUGUUAAAAGGCUUGACUUUGACCAGGAGCAGCCAGUGAAAUCCCAGCCCUCAGGAGAGACAGAUAAUCUGGACGUCAGAUUAGGCUCCACCUGUAAACCCCAGGCAGCAGGAGCCACAGGCCCCAACCUCAACACCACAGGGUUGGCCAACCAUGAGAGCAGCGUUCAGGGACAUGUUGGGGAUGCGUUAUCUCAAACCGAGCUGAAUGGAGGCUCCCAGAAAAGCAUAGACCUCAACAACAAAGUCAAUUUGACAUCUCUAGAACCGGCUUUAGGUGCGGCCAAACCUCCCAGAGCAGAAGUGACGAUAGCAGGAGAAAACGGUAGGAAGCAUGGUUAUGAGGAGACAGAGCAAGGUAAUGGACAGAGGGAGAUAGAAAGCAAACCACAUUUAGUGCAGGUGAAUGGGAAAGACGCUGUUGACACCAAGGCUCCUGUAGACUCAAAGAUGCACUUAAACCUGGCCAACAAAGUGGACACCAAGGUCAUGCUCCAGACGUUAGAGGGUGAGAUCAAAACACUGCCAGUGAGGGAACCUGUAAAAUCCAUUAUGAACGGUACUCUCUCUCAGGACGGGUUAAAGGUCAACAACACUGUGUUAGCCACCAGCCCAGCCUCGGCGGACGUAGAGAGAAGGGUUGUGGUGUCCGAGCCUGACUAUCUGCCACCUCAGAAGGUUGCCAGACUGGAGAAUAAUGGCGACAGGGUGGCAGACUCCGUCACGUCGUCACUGUUAGGGCUGCCCACUGGUGUUCCCACGGUAAGCAACAGCACCAAGUCUGAGCCAAUGGAGAUUGGGCAGACGGCAUCCAAUAAGAUCACCCCGUUUCCUAUCCCCACUGCAGAGGAGUCCAGCUUGAGUAACAACACCACAGUGAACAGCAGUAGCAGUACUGGAGUGCUGAAGACCAUCACCCAAGUCACCACAACCACUACUACCACCAUGUCAACAGAGUCUCGCACGGUGCAGAUAGCCGAGGUCUCCAGCAGCACUAAGCCUGCAGUGACGCCUGCUGCAGAGAGCAGUGCUGUAUCCACCCUCACCACCAUGACCAAGACCACCGUCACCAGGGUGUGCUCCCCGACCCUCGGGGCCACUGUCUCCGAGGAGACCAAGACUGUUGUCACUGCAAUGUUGAUAGAUGCCAAAUCUGGCCCCUCAGGCUCUUCAGUCACCUCCAUGACAGUCAGUAAGGAGUACUCCACCAGAGACCGUGUUCGGCUGCUAAAGUUCUCCCGUUCCAAGAAGACCCGCUCUGGCACGGCCCUCCCCUCCUACCGCAAGUUUGUCACCAAGAGUAGCAAGAAGAGCAUCUUUGUACUGCCUAAUGAUGACCUGAAGAAGCUGGCGAGGAGAGGGGGUAUCAGAGAGGUACCUAUCUUCAACUACAACGCCAAACCAGCUCUGGACAUCUGGCCCUAUCCCUCCCCCAGACCCACCUUUGGAAUCACGUGGAGAUACCGUCUCCAGACUGUGAAGUCUCUGGCGGGGGUCAGUCUGAUGCUGCGGCUGCUCUGGGCCUGCCUGAGGUGGGAUGACAUGGCUGUCAAGCCCUCCCCUGCUGUAGGAACCACCCGCACAGAAUCCUCGGAGACGGCGAUCACCACAACAGAGAUCAUCAAGCGGCGAGAUGUGGGGCCGCACGGCAUCCGGUCUGAAUACUGCAUCAGGAAGAUCAUCUGCCCAAUUGGCGUUACCGAAGCUCCCAAAGAAACUCCCACUCCCCAGAGGAAAGGCCUGCGCUCCAGUGCUCUGAGGCCAAAGAAGCCUGAGCCGGCCAAGCAGACUGGACCCAUCAUCUUAGAGACGUGGGUGGCCGAGGAGGAGCUGGAGAUCUGGGAGAUCAGAGCCUUUUCAGAAAGGGUAGAGAGGGAGAAGGCCCAGGCUGCAGACCAGGCUAAGGUUAGUAGAACGCUGAAGACAGCAGAGGAGGCCAAGGCCCAAUUGGAGGCUCAGCUAAAGCACCAGAGAUUGGCUGCUCAGCAGAAACGGUUGGAGCAACAGAAGCCUGGUGCCACCACCUCCACCCCCACCAGCACCCCUACAACCUCAGCCUCUGGCACUCCGGCAUCCCUGACCAGCCAGGUCACCCCGGGGACUAAACUGGUCCUGGCCACUAAGCUGGGGACACCUGUCACAUUCCAGCAGAACAAGAACUUCCAUCAGUCGUUUGCUUCAUGGGUCAAGCAGGGCCAGGGUAGUCCAGUCUCCACUUGCUCACGGGCCACCGUGGCCAACAGCAUGGUCACCACCUCUGGACAAACGUUCCAGAUCUCUGCCAGCCCGGUGACCAUGGCUGGCCAGGUCAUCACCGCCAAGCUACCCAUCCCGGCCAACAGCAAGAUUGUUACGGUCAACAUGCCAACCACACAAGGAGGUAUGGUGCAAGUCCAGCAGAAUGUCCUGGGCAUAAUUCCAUCCAGUACCCCAGGCAACCAGCGGACCUACUCCUCAUUCCAGAACCGCAACGCCACCAUCAACAUCAGACCCAACACCUCCACCUCAACCACCACUCAACCGGUCAUUGCCACCGGAGCCCAGAUCCGUCCGGGCAUGACGGUGAUCCGAUCGCCCCUGCAGCAGGGCACCACCAUGGGCAAAACCAUCAUCAGAACCCCCUUGAUGAUGCAACAAGGUAUUCUACCAGCCAGCCAGCAGCAGGUGGUGACUCAGAUCAUACGGGGCCAACCUGUCUCCACAGCAGUCUCCAGUGCCAGCCCUGUGCAGACCAGCGCAGGCCAGAGGAUGCUGGGUGCUGCCCCGUCCCCCCAUCCUGUCACCCCUGCCCCCGGGCAGUCCCCAUCACCAUCCACCCCCCAAGGCGGCCGACCACAGCAGGGCCAGGUCAAACUCACCCUGGCACAGCUCACCCAGCUAACGCAGGGGACACAGGGAGGGAACCAGGGUCUCACAGUAGUAAUCCAGGGACAGGGACAGACCACAGGCCAGCUGCAAGUCAUCCCCCAGGGGGUGACAGUCAUCCCAGGCCCUGGGCAGCAGCUCAUGCAGGCUGCCAUGCCCAACGGCCAGGUGCAGCGCUUCCUCUUCACCCCAGGGGCAUCAGCUCCCACCCCCGCAACCACGGCCAGUGCUGCUGUCACCCCCGUCACAGCCCCCACAACAACACCCUCAGUGCCAGCGCUGUCUCAGCCUCCGGUUCAGGCUCCCGCCACCUCUCAAGCACUGGCACCACCAGUCCAGCCUCCUCAACAGGCUAUCGCUCCUGUCCAGCCUCCUCAACAGGCUAUCGCUCCUGUCCAGCCCCCUCAACAGGCUAUCGCUCCUGUCCAGCCCCCUCAACAGGCUAUCGCUCCUGUCCAGCCCCCUCAACAGGCUAUCGCUCCUGUCCAGCCCCCUCAACAGGCUAUCGCUCCUGUCCAGCCCCCUCAACAGGCUAUCGAUCCUGUCCAGCCCCCUCAACAGGCUAUCGCUCCUGUCCAGCCCCCUCAACAGGCUAUCGCUCCUAUCCAGCCCCCUCAACAGGCUAUCGCUCCUGUCCAGCCCCCUCAACAGGCUAUCGCUCCUGUCCAGCCCCUCCAACAGGCUAUCGCUCCUGUCCAGCCCCCUCAACAGGCUAUCGCUCCUGUCCAGCCCCCUCAACAGGCUAUCGCUCCUGUCCAGCCCCCUCAACAGGCUAUCGCUCCAGUCCAGCCCCCUCAACAGCCUAUCGCUCCUGUCCAGCCUCCUGCCCUCGCUCCUGCCCCCCCUCCAGUGUCCACACAUCAGACUCAACCCCCUCAGACUCAAGUACACAUCCCCCUCCAGUCCCGAACUGCAUUACCCAUCCAGCAGAUAGCCCAGAUCCCAACCUCUCCACAACAGGUCCAUAUGAAGACACUCUCGGUCUCCCCCUCUAUCACCCAGGCCACAGUGAGGCCCAUCCAGGCCCAUGCUCAACUCCAGCCCCAGGUUACGGCUCAGAUCAGGCCCCAGCAGCAGCUGCAGCUCCACCACCAACACCAGCUGAUCACAGUGCCGGGGCUGCAGCAGCAGGUCCAGGUGCUGGGCACCAUCCAGACCCACGUGGCGGCCCAGCUCCAGGCCCAGCAGGGUGGGGCGGUGCCCCAGCAGAUCAAGCUGCAGCUGCCUAUCCAGAUCCAGCAGGCAGGAGGCCAGAUGCAGGCCCACCAGAUCCAGAACGUGGUGACCAUCCAGACAGCCAGUGUGCAGGACCACCUGCAGAGGAUCCAGCAGCUCAGAGAGCAGCAGCAGAAGAAGAAGCAGCAGGAGGCCAAAAGGGAGCAGAGCCUGCAGGCCUCCAGUCCCAGCGACAUCAUCCAGAAACAGGUGGUGAUGAAGCAGAAUGCUGUGAUAGAAAAUCUGAAACAGAGGAAGACCAUGACUCCAGCAGAGCGGGAGGAGAACCAGAGAAUAAUCGUCUGCAACCAGGUUAUGAAGUUCAUCCUGGACAAGAUCGACAAGGACGAGAAGCAGGCGGCUAAGAAGAGGAAGAAGGAGGAGUCUGUGGAGCAGAAACGCAGCAAGCAGAAUGCCACCAAGCUCUCGGCUCUGCUCUUCAAGCACAAAGAGCAGCUCAAGGCUGAGAUCCUGAAGAAGAGGGCUCUACUGGACAAGGAGCUGCAGCUGGAGGUUCAGGAGGAGCUGAGGAGGGACAUCAGCAGGCUGAGGAAGGAGAAGGAGAAGGCCCAAGCUGCAGCCUCUCAGGCAGCCGCUGCUGCAGCCGCAGCCCAGGUGGUCUCAUCCCUCUCCCCCACCAUGGCUUCGCUCUCCUCCACCCACAAACGCAAGAGGGACGACGAGAGGGACUCGUCCUCCGCUAAGCCCAAGAAGAAGAAGAUGAUGAUAUCCACUACCUCAAAGGAUCACAAGAAGGAAGUCAAGCUGUACUGUGUCUGUAAAACACCCUAUGACGAGGCCAAGUUCUACAUUGGGUGCGACCUGUGCUCCAACUGGUUCCACGGUGCGUGUGUGGGCAUCACGGAGAAGGAGGCCAAGAAGAUGGACGACUACGUCUGUAAUGGCUGCAAGCAGGGACAGGACUCACAGGACUCGGAGGGCACCAGGGAGGAGCUGUACUGCAUCUGCCGGACGCCAUAUGAUGAAACACAGUUUUACAUUGGCUGCGACCGUUGCCAGAACUGGUACCACGGGCGCUGUGUGGGCAUUCUGCAGAGCGAGGCCACCCACAUAGACGAGUACGUGUGCCCGCAGUGUCAAUCCACGGAGGACGCCAUGACGGUCCUCACACCAUUAACCGACAAGGACCAAGAGGGUUUAAGAAGAAUCCUGCGCUCCUUACAGGCUCACAAAAUGGCGUGGCCGUUCCUUGAACCAGUAGAUCCCAACGAUGCUCCUGAUUAUUAUGGCGUUAUAAAGGAACCGAUGGACCUCUCCACAAUGGAAGACAAAUUACAGAAACGUUAUUACAACAAGCUCACUGAGUUUGUGGCGGACAUGACCAAAGUCUUUGACAACUGCCGCUACUACAACCCCAACGACUCCCCCUUCUUUCAGUGUGCCGAAGUUCUCGAGUCAUUCUUUGUACAGAAGCUCAAAGGUUUCAAAGCUAGCAGAUUGUGAUGUCAUAAGUCUGACGUUAUAGCUGGAGUCUGAGCUGGAUGCUGGGGUCUCUAGUAGUGAAUCAUGGAACUUGCUGUUUCAUAAACAGUGGAAAUUCUGUGUGAUUAUUGUCAGAUUUAAAGAAAUAAACACACAAACACAAGUGUUCUAUCAGUGAAACAAACCAUGCUUAAAUGUACAUUUGCAAGUAUAGUAGCCAAAUUCCAAAGAUGCCUUCCUGUGACAAUCACAAAAUGGCAGCCAUGUUGACACUUACAAAUCAAGUUUUGAAGGGAUAUGCUUUUUCUCUAUUAUUUUGGUAAUUUUACCAUUUCAAAUUGUAUCAAUCAUCAGCAAGAUAAGUGUCAGGGAAGCUUUUACUUAGAAAUGUUUAAUGUUUAUUUAUAGUUAGUUAUUCUUGGAGAGGGAGAUGUAUAAACAACAUUUGGGACCACAUAUGUAAAACUGUAUAUUUUAUUAUUAUAUAUUUAUCAAAUUAAGCUCCUCUUCCUCAUGGCCUUCUUUCUGCUAAUUUAAAUAUAAUGCAUUUGUAAUGAAUGGGCAUGAUUUUAAUAUAGUGCACAGGUUUGUAGGUCAAUUUUAGCUUAACUACUGGUUGAUUUAUUAUUUGGAUGUUUUAAAUUUUGUGGUUAAAACAAUAAGAUGAAUAUUGUAUGGUUUUUAAUCCUUUUGUUAAGGAUUAUUUUAUGGUUAAAACAAAGAGAGCGUAUGGUCAGAGGAAUUUAUAUAGACUUAAAAUAAUAAAUAUAAUGUCACGGCUUAACUAUUAUUAUUAUUAUUAUUAUUAUUAUUAUUAUUAUAACUAAAUUGGACCCCAUGCCUUACUGCAUGAAGGUACCUCAGGAUGUAGACGUGAAGCACCAUUUUCAUUGACUAAGUCAUUCCCAAUGAAUUAGAGCAGCCAUGUUGGUCUAUCUCCUUCCUGACCCCAAGGCAUCCAUUUUUUCUAUCACUGUAUUGUUGUUUGUUUUUUGUUCAUGUCAGUAUGUUUAAACUAUUCAUAAACAUUUUUAAAGGUUCUCAACUGUUCCCCUUUUCCACAUUCUAUAGGUCUCAUAACAACAAACUACAGACUUCGACCUCUUAGUAUAUACCACAUAUUUGAACAACAAAAAAAUGCACUCUGCGAGAAUUGGGGAUCAAUUCUGAACAAUUAAUCCAUGUUGGGACCUGGCUCCUGUGCUUUGUGACCUCCACUCCUCUCCCUCCUUCUGGCCCCACUACGCAGCCCCCAAAGGAAGACUCUCCCUGUAAGACCAGCAGCGCUGCUCCCACACAACUGUCAGGUGGAGCUGCUGCCUGCCCACCUCUGCCACAUGGACAUUUGACAAGGGGUUAAAAUGGAGGGUUUGAAUAAAGGCAUUUCUGAAAAAGGUUACCUUGAAGAAAAUACUUUCUUUGGAGAUCUCACGUUUCCUUGUUCCUUUUUUAUUUGAUUCUUUGAUACCCCAUCUAGCCAGUUGAAGAAAUUAAGAAAAGCUUACGCUUCCAUGGCCAUGCCCAUAACAAAACAAAAAAAAACAUUUGACGCCUGUUUGAACGUUGAAAAAUGUUGAGCUGAGUUGCACUCAGUGUAUCAGAUUGCACAGUGCACUUAUGUGUGUCUCCCCUUUCAAUCACUUUAUUAGAGGUGGUGUGAAAGAUCUCAUUGGGAAGUACUUGCUUGAUUUUGGACCUUCUAGCUUUCUGGACACUGUAACAGUUUGAGUUUCAGUCAAGCUAUGCUGAAAUGAAUAAAGUAUUUGGUAUUAAUUUCCCAGCAGUAAUGACACUGCUAAGGAUAAAAACACAACAUGUAUUUGAAGGUAUCCUGCCCUGUUUGUAAAACUUGUCAGAUUUUGAAUUUUUGUUUUUGUAUUACAGCUGAAGAGAUUGAUGUAUAUGAAACAUAAUAAAUGGAGAAGACUGAGCUCUCUUCCACUACUGAAA